AAAUUAAAAGAACCUACUUAAACGGUUUCAGCAGUAUAUCCUGUUGCCUGUUGUGUAUUUUUCUUCUCUUUUAUAUUCUUUAUUUGAACACAAACUUGGAAAAUCGUAGUUUCUAAUUAUCUGAGUUGUGCCUCCAUUUUGUUUAUGUACGUGGCCGGUCGGGGCGGGCAACAAUUUUUCACUUGUUGCCCGGCGGGAAACAUUGCAUUUAUCUGAAGUCACGUGACCACAAAUCAGCCAAUCACGUUUGGUGUUCACGCUAGCUAUAUAACAAUACAUCUUGCUUCCUUCAUCCAGGCUUGGGCAUACCAAUUUUGAAAUGAUAAAUCAUGAUGUUGUAGAACCGUUAUUUAUUGAAGGUGAAUUAUAUUAUUACAUCUAAUUUGUUCUCCAAAUGAAGCGUACUGUAUAUAGUGUAUAUUUUCACAGCAAGAGCCUCUGAGCCAUUACACAAGUAUAUACUAUAUGCAGAGGUCUGACUCCUUGUUGGCGACAUAUUCCUAGCCAGUACGCUAUAUAAGAAGAGACCGGACGGUUACGGCCAGUGAUUACGACCGCUUACGGGCUUUUUCGCCUAGUCGAACCUCUGUAUAAUCUAUACGCUGUACCCAUUAUUUAGAAUCUUAUCGCGUAUUCUCCAUAUUCGUAGUUAUCCUGUCUUACAUGUAUUUCCUUUUUUCUUAGUUGAUCAAAUUUAUCAUCUUGCGUCACCAGCUUCUCCUCCGCAUUAUAUGUAUAAUCCAAUAAAGGUGAGAUCUGCUGCAGCACAUUUUCGUUAUCAAAAUAAGUAAACCAUGGAAAUGCCGAGGCUGAGUCAAGAAAUAUGCGUGAAGACUUUAAAGUUAUUCAAACUUUAAAGUUAUUCAAACUCAUAUUAAUUCCUCAAAACACAAAGGAAUCUAUCACCGGGGGUUACUUCGGGGAGUUAAUUUAACUCAACACUUGCUACAAGUCGAUUCGCAUUGCAACCUGUCUCGUAGUGUAAGGAGUAAAACGAGUGAGAACGCUUGAAAAUUCACAUUUGGAGUUAAAUUUGGUUUAAAAUUACUCUACUUGGAGUUAAAUUAACUUAGGUCUUUAUCGAAGCACCUUUGGUGUUUCAAAGAAGAUUCAGUUUUUGUGACGCAGGAAUGCAUGUAGCGCUUUGGGUCUAGGGGCAAAGUCCCUGAAAGUUUUUGUUUCAGCAUCUUAGACUAUGUUGCCGCCACAUUGCUCGAAUGUAACGCGUGGUUUGUGAAUGAUGUAAUCUUAUGUAAGCAUUGCACAAUACCAGAGAGGCCAUGCAUCGAUGUAGUAGUAUUCGAGCGUAUUUUUUCUGCGGCUUUUUCACUCUUCCAGCUCAAGGUUGUGUAAAUUUUAGAUUGUAGUUCGAAAAAUUUACUUUCUAUUUGUUAUUCUUCAAUCAUCCCAUUUCAUUUUGUGCUGAUUUGAUCGAAAUGUUUAUCAGAAAUCCAAACAGGCAUGCCAUCUAAGCAUGGUGGGCACAAAACACAAAAUAUACGAUCACAGUGAUACGAUAGAGGUAGUUUUAUAACAUAAACAUCAAACAUGUCGUUUUAUUUUGAAAAAAAUCCAUCUCAAAUAACCCUGUUUCUCGGAAUUUCAAGAACUAAAGCGUGUGAAAAUGAUUUUUUGCUGUUUUUUCUUUUCGUUGGGGGAAAGAUUCAGUUUAAAAACUCAAUCCAAGAUUGAGUUUUGACUUCCGUUUACCGGAGGUCAGUUGGUGCUUGGAUAAAGCCCUGUAACUCCCUGCAUAGACAAUCCAGAAGACAUGUCUUCUGGAUUGUCUAUGCUCCCUGAUAUUAACAGUGCACGUUCAAAACUAACGGGGAGUCAGAAAUUUUGCACUAGAAACAGUUCGAUUUUUUCCGGGUACUAAAUGGAACGCCCCUGCAUGUAUAUCGUUGUCUAAUUGCAUGAUACCACGACAUAAAAGCGCUAAACUAUCGCCUUGAAUUUCCUUCGAAAGCUGUUCAUUUAUACCGGCGUAUUAAAAUAUAAACACCUUAAAACCUCAAAGUAUGUGGAAAAAAUUUUCAACACACAUUUCGGUAUUUUAUACGCUUUCAGGAGAAAAUAAAACUUAUCAAGGAAAAAUUGUUAACUGUAUACACGACAUUUUAAAAAGCCCGCGCGAAGGCAUUUGAAUUUUCUGUGCAGGAUUGUCUGAUCCGGGUAUUGGCCAAUCAAAUUGCGAGUUUUAUUGUAGUUAUUAUAUUAUUAUAAAACUUUUCCGUGUACACAGCUACAGGCGAUGUAACUAUGCUAUAUACUUUCAUCUGCUUUUUGUAGACAAUUAAAACUAAUGCUAUUGGAACACUAAAUAUGUUAGGUAAGUUAGUCAACACAUACAUAUAUGUGCAUAUACCUAUAGGGUAUUGUACCGUGAUUAUAAAGAUGUUAUUUUAAACUCAUAAGUAGUUUAUUUCUGUCUUUACGACUUUAGGCUUAGCAAAAAGAGUACACGCUCGCCUCUUAUUGGCAUCAACGUCUGAGAUUUAUGGAGGUACCGUUUUAUAUGCUUAUAUAUAAGACCUAUAGGCUUUGCAGUAUAAUCUUGAAACCGAACACUGAAUAACAGUAGACCUUUUGAACAGAAAAGUUUGGGUGGGAUUUUUUAAAAUGACGACAUUUAUACACCCUGCUCUAAUACCAUUUCCGAAACCUAUAAUAACAAUUAUAUACAGUAUACCAUACACCAUGAGCUCGAGGCAUACGAUCUGAAGAAAUUUAUAAAUUUAUACUCCAAUCUUAUUUUAUUCCUGCUCUUUGUUAUUAAUUCUUUAAAGAACUUGUGUUAAUUUUAAACGAAUUUAGAGUUUAACCAUAUUUUGUUAACCUGUAUACAAUGGCUGGGCAUUCUUCUUUGUGGUUUUUAUUCCUUCUACAUUUUUGCUAUACAAAAGUGAUUAGAAUCAUGGGCAUGGCUGGAUUUUGUGGGGAAGGGUGGGCACAGGGCGCUUAUAUAGAGGGCGGUGAAACGGCUAUAGGCGCGCCGAUCGAUGUGUGAUGCAAUGAACUGGUAACGAGUUUGUUGUGGUUAUUAUGGCGACGUUGUCUUAUAUAGCAAGGAUAAAUAUGGCGGGAAAACUGAGCUGGAAGUUUUGACUGUUUUGUAGUCAAGUUUUGAUGAAGAAAUAGAUAUUGGGGGUAAAAUUCCGAUGUUAUACGAUAAUUUAGUAGAUUCUGCUAUUGUAUUUUCAGGUAAUACUGCCAAUAUUUUAGAGUUUUUGCUCAAAACGCUUGCGAAAGCUUACGAACGGUUGCUUUCGCAAGCAUAGAGAUUAUAAAUAACACUAGAGGAGGCAUCGAGUUUAAAAAUUGAGAACGCAGCUAAUGGGGGGCAAAUUCAAGACCCGGAUAUAAAAUCGUGCUCUCAUUGGCUGAUUUGAAACUCGUCACCAAUGGGAACACGAAUACACAUCCGGGACUUGAAUUUGCCCCCCAAUAGUCGCGUUCCCUUUUUUUUUUACUGAAUUAAGAUUACGGUGCCUCCUCUAGUGUUAUUUAUAAUCUCUAUGUUCGCAAGAAGCAUGACGUGAAAGGUUUUUAAAACUCUUCGGAUGUACACGUAUCGUUCACGUUCGAUAGAAUACAAUUCACAAUUAAAUUUAGUCACUAGUUGAUCUUUUCAGUUGAAAAUCAAGAAAUGCUCAACUUGAAUUUGUAUUUUUUUAACGAAUCCUUACGAGAAGUUGUCUUGGCCAGCCGGUCAAAAAAAAUCAAAGUUGGGACGAAACUUUUUCGACUAUUGCGCUCAACAAACGUCCGAGCGAGUCGUAUUUUGAUUCAAAGGCCAAGAAGUAAAAUAUGUUUACGGCUCAGAAUUACUUCAAUUGAAUGCCUUAAAAGUCGUAGAAAAUUAUUAACAUAACCAAAAAUCACGACAUGGCCAAAAUACAAUUGUUGUUUAUUUUUUUGCAGCGAAAUAAUGGUCUAAUUAGGCAAAAUUUAACACACAAAAAUACCUCACUUUCCAACGCUGUGUAUUCAAUUGCUCAACUCCGAGUCUUAUGAAACUUUUGGAGAUAAGCACAUAAUUAUAAUCUUUACCAUCAACUGAAUUUCGAAGUUUGGACGACUUGAUAACAUGCCCAAAUGCUGUUUUGAAAAUUUCCCUUCAUUGAAGUCAUCAAAAGCCCGACUCAUUAUCCUCAAUAUUUCUUUCAAAAUUCAACUAUACAGGCCAAACAAGCAUUCGUACGAUACACUAGUUACUACUUCGUCGUUACAGUGCAAAAACAUCCUCAAGAAUUUCGUAGUUAAUGAAAAAACAGCAAAAAUACAACAGCAGGAAAAAUCACGCUCCUUGUCAACUUUUGCCGAAAAGCACGCUCGUGCCAGUCCUUUUCCGCAUCACACAUCGAUCAGCACGACAUCAGCGCGUUUUACCGCCCUCUAUAUAAGCGCCCUGGGUGGGCACUUCCCCUGAGAUCGUUUUGCACCUCUUCUGAGAUUUUUUGCACCUCCCUUGAAAUGUCAUGCACCUUCCCGUGGGAAAGGUUAAAUGGAGGAUCAAAGUGAAAAUUUGACAAUUUUUUUUGUGUUGAAUGCUUACUUUGCAAGAACUCUUUCUGUAAAAUUGAAACAAAAUCAUCUCUAUGUCAUGCAAAUAGAGACUUUACUUUGUAGUAAUGUAAUUAAGUAAUGAAGUAAUACUUUGUAUAGUAAUGAAGGGCAAAAUUGGAUGAGUCAUACAGUCAAAAUUCUUAAAUACAUGAUACAUAUAUACAGUACACACACCGUUGCGCCUCCCCUGAACUUUUUCCACCUCCCCCCACAUUUCCACCAAAAUCCGCCCUUGAUUAUAAAUUGCUGUUUUCUCGUUCGUAAAACUUCGGUAGUUUUUGUUCCGCCACCUUGUUUUUGCUCUGUAUAUAAACUGAUAUUGCAAGUAGCUCAACCAAUCAGUCGAAUCAGAUUGCAGAAUAGCUCAUAGACAGUGGAUGGCUGUAUUAUAAUAAUAAAAAGUUAAUUAUAUAUACCAGAUUAUACGUCCCUUUAACACUAAUAAAUAGUAUUUCUUCUUUCUUUUUUAUAUUUAUUGGUCAUCACCAGAUCCUGAAGUAAGUGAAUAUGUUUUUGGGAAUCAAAAAUAGGAAGAACUCUAUAAAAUAGUAUUCCAGUUAAACGUUUUCACACGUUCAUGUAUAUUGCACGGAAAAGUUUAAAUCCUUUUAAAAAAUGACAGAAUUUAGUUUUCUGUAUAAUUUAAUGUGUGUUUGUUGAGAUAAUUAGUAGCAGUGGAAGCACGUAUGAAAACGCUUAUAUAUAACUAGAAAGGCAGCCUUUAUUUACUUUGACGCCACGUUUGGUUUUUAUUAGUUUUAAAUAUGUACCAACCAAAAUAGCGAACACCUUACAAUUAGUUCAGAUCAUGUGCAGUGACGUCACUUACAAGUGCUGAAAGUGCAUUUAAUUUAAAAAAAAUACCGAAUGCAAACAUGUCAGGUGAGGUUGUGUUGCUAUUAAGUUUGCAUGUCGUUCAAUAUAUUUUUAUUCGACAAUAUUUGUGAGAACUGUAUGCAUGCUUCAGACUCACUAGAGCGAAAUAUUCCAGAACGCAUCCGAAACGUUUCAGUACUGGACUCAUGUUGCCGUAGAAAUUUUGUAUCCGGAAGCAUUUUGAGUGCGAAGCAAUUCGACGUGUAAACUGUCUCCAACCUUUUCUGCUGGCUAUAUAAAGUACUUUUUCACUUGCUAAUUAGCUUUUUUGUGCGUAUAUUUCUUACAUUUAUUAACAGAUAAUAUUCAGUUUAUAUUAAUCCGAAAACUGGAUUUCUACAAAGUUUUCGUUCGUUAUUCGUCUAGAGUGUUUGCUCGUAUAUUCCGUAUUUUCGUACCUAAUUGUUGUAGUGUAAACAGUUUAUGUAUCAGAAUUAUAUCGGAAUACUCGAGUCCGCAAGCUCUCGCUCUAGUGUAAACGAGGUCUGAGAUCUACCUCCUCCACAGGCCAUGCUGCACCAUGGGAAGGCACACACAAUUUCUGCGGAAUCUUGUUAAAGAUUAGUCCUUAGUUUUUAAUUAAAUAUUCACUAAUAAAUUUUAAUAAUUAAACAUCGAUUGUUUUCAGACAAUCAAUAGUACCUUUUUGCAAAAUAGUAUCUGUUGGGCAUUUUCCCUUCAACAACGCGUUGAAUGUUGUCUUUUUAUAUUCUGCCAGGUGCAUCCACAACCUGAAACGUAUUGGGGUCACGUGAACACAAUUGGACCUAGAGCUUGCUAUGACGAAGGCAAGAGAGUAGCAGAGACGAUGUGUUAUGCUUAUGCUAGACAGGUAACUCACUGUUCAUGAUACAAUUAUUGGAUGAGGCUGAGCAUGAUAUCAAGAUUUACCUGAUUCAGACCAGGUGAAUGUUGUCUGUCGAAGCGAAUCUGAGGUGCAUAACAUCGACUGAGAUCUAACUAAUUAUAGUCAUGCGUAAGCCGAAUGCAACAAUCGUUUAUUAUACAUUCAAAAAUGGCGGCCGGUGAGAAAGGUGAAAAAUUCCAUAUCAUUUGAAGAGAAAAUAAUAUAAUUACGUACUCGUCGAAGAUUGGUGCAAACUAUUUCAUGCCCUUUUUGGUGACCUCUCUGACAAUAAUUUGGACAGUUCCCCUUAAUUAGUUUAUAGAAGCAAAUCUGCCACAAGCCAUUUUGUUUGAGACUUGCAGGAACGAGAAUAUUAAAGUUUGAAUGUAUAAUACAAACCUGCAUCAUGAAUAGUAUAAACAUGCAUAUAAACAUAUAAACAAGAUUUAUGGACUUACAGUGCAUGGCCUAUAUAACCGCCUAUGUUGAUGUUUAUAAGAAGAAUUUUCUGUAGAUAGUAAUCAUACACUAUAUAAUAUAUAGAAAUCAUACAACGCGACAUGCGUUGUUGUCGUGCAUUUUAAUAUUUCAAAUAGAAGCAGAUGGCGAGGAUAAAAAAUACGAAAUGUCUUCACUUUUAUAUUUUAGUCUGAUGUUGAAGUUCGUAUCGCCAGAAUCUUCAAUACUUUUGGCACAAGAAUGCAUAUGAAUGACGGUAAGGUUCACAGCUCUCAAUACAGUAAAUAUUUGUUGUCUAACAGGAGAAUCUUUUGUAUGUUACGUAACACGCGCUUAAAACUAAUGAAUAUAUUUUCUACUUGGUUAUGACUAUAUUCAAAUGUUUUAAACAUCCUUUUUAAGCUCGUUUGCCGAUUGAGGACGGUAUCAAUACAUGUAGUCAUAACCAACAACUGACAUUAUUCUAUGAUUUCUUUCUUGCACUUCACUUGUGGAAUUAAUAUUAGAAUAUUAGGGUUUGUAAUCCAAGUGAGAAUAUAUACAUUUUAAGACCUAACCAGGAACGACUGCGAAAAAUGCAGCACAAGGUCCUCUGGUAGGAAUUGAACCUACGGCCCUGCGAUUCGCCCUAACAUUCUAAUAUGACAUUCUAUUAGUUUUAGCGCGUGUUGCGUACCAUACAAAAAAUCUCCCCUUAAACAUUCCCAUCAUAACAUUGCACAAUUUGAUAUCUUUAUUAGGACGAGUUGUCAGCAAUUUCAUCCUGCAAGCACUGCAAGGAAAACCCAUUACGGUAAUAUAAUUGUGAUGUUUGUGACAAAUAUGUAACAAUAAUUUAUCAACCAUGAAAGCAUUGGUAUAGGCUGUAAAUUUGUAGGCUAAUAUAUUGCAUUAAAUUAAAGGCCAAAAAGAACUAAGAUUUCCAGCUAAAGGUUUUCAACGUAAUUCCCCCUCCCAUAUUUCGCGACGUGUCUGCUACUGCAAUGGUUCCUAGUGGGUAUGACUAAAGGGAGAGUUGCCAACCGGAGAGUUAUCUUGGAGAGUUAAGAUUUCGGAAAUUGAAUCUUUCAGCAAUUCAGGUUUUGGAAAUACUUUCCCAGAUCAGCCAAUAUAGGGCUUUACAUUGGAAAGGUUUUCUGGUUCUAUCUAAUACGAAAACUGUAUCUGAAUGCUGGGCUUUGUUGAUAAUCCAAGUGCAUGAGCAUGUAAUAAUUUAUUUACUCGUACUAAAUUACUACUAGUUUCUACUAGCGUGAAUUGUUAAAGCUGAAACUUGAGAAAAAAGUAAAUUCACAAUGAUUUACUAAAAUGUGGAAGUUUUUUUCAAAAAACUGACUCUCUUCAUUGGCAUUGCCACAAUCAUGAACGCGGUGAGUUAUAAAAAAUGAUAACUCUCUAACAUCUUCAUAAUGUUAACGAGAGAGAGAGUUACGUCAAACAUAAGUUACAUAACUCUCUCAUGUUAGUUCAAGGAAACGUAGGGAGAGUUAAGAAAUUGGGUGUGGUCGUUGGGGAAAGUGGGCGUGGUUCGAACAUAACUCUCCGAAAUCAUAACUCUCCACUUCCUAACUCUCCGUUUAGCCGGUCCCGUUCCUAGUUAGCCCCAGUGAACUCGUUAAAUAUACUGGAACGAUAACUCCGGGUAAAGCCAAUAGAGCAAUCUCUUGUAGGUAUAAAACAAUCCGAUCGAUGUUUUUCAAUUUUUACACGUAAAUGCUCAUUUUUAGUCUGUGGUAAAUACCCUACUUAAAAGCUAAAAACAAAAUGAAAAGGUAAAAUUGAUGCAACUACAGUCGUAUUAUUCCAUGUUAGUUCAAAUCCCUUCGUGGACAGUCCAGAAAAACAAACGUUUGCUGUUGUUUCUCCUCGGGAGUUUUUCUUGUUUGCAUUCGUCAGAUUUGCUUUUUUAUGAAGUGUUUCUAAAAUUUGCUUAUUCUGAAAGACCACUUGCCCUAGUUUCUUAGGCCGAAAAAUUAUGAAAUUUUAACAUGAAAUGAUGCCGACUUUUCGUACUGAAUUCAGUGAAUUUCCGCGUAGGGGCUUGGACCAUACCUACAAGACGGGCUUCAAAAACACAGCCGGAGUCUUUAUUCCAGUUUUUAUACAAUUCACUAGUUAGCUCUUGUGCCAUAGAUUCGUUGGUCUUGCAAAAACUUCUUAAAUCUCAUCAACAUUGUAGAUUUAUGGUGAAGGACUUCAAACUAGAUCAUUUCAAUAUGUAAGGUAGGUACAUUUUUUUAAUGCCAUCAACCUUUCCUUCAACAUUGAAAG